AUGUGUGCGGAUAUAAACGAUGAUGAGGAGCAAAAAGGAUACACCUGGGAGGCAGCUUAUGCAGAUGCCUUGAACAUUCGUGAGGUCCUCGAAGAGGACGACAGUGGCUCGGUCGAAAAAUCAGUGGCCAAACUGAUUUUUGAUGCUAAACGAAAACGACGUCUUACGGACAGACCAGCAAGGGUUCGACUCGGCAUUAUGCGAUAUGUUUAUAUUGUGAUCGAUUGUUCUAUGGCAAUGACCGAUAAGACAUUGCUACCCUCAAAAAUUAGCGUUACUUUAAAGAUUUUGAGUCGAUUUCUGGAGAAGUUUUCCGAGCAAAAUCCAAUCUCACAAAUUGGUGUCAUUAUAUGUAAAGAUAAACGAGCUGAGCGCCUCAUUCAACUCACAGGUAGCAUUCGUGCUGUGCGAGAUGUGCUAUCAACCAUAAAUCAAGCGUCGUGUCAUGGUGAAUUCUCUCUACAGAACGGUCUAUUGAUGGCACUGAAAAACCUGAAACAUUUUCCGGGUCAUGCAAGUCGAGAGGUAAUCGUUGUUGUGGCAAGCGUUUCCACGUGUGAUCCGACGAAUAUUUUCCAAACAUUUGAGGUGAAUUCUGAUGAAUUUUUCAAAAUACACUUAAAAUUGAAAUAUUUUGUAUUGCCAGUGAAAUAUUUUGUGGCAUUUUGCAGUCAUUUGACGGAGACGAGACGAGCGGAUGGCCGUGGUUUUUUGUGUCCCCAGUGCGGUGCACGAUAUUGCGGUUUACCGGUCGAAUGCCGUGUCUGUAAGCUGAUGUUGAUCUCGGCGCCGCAACUAGCACGUUCGUUCCAUCAUCUUUUGCCACUUCCGGCAUUCAAAGAGGUCGAUACGGCAUCGGGGGUAUGCUUCGGAUGUUCGAAAGCGUUGGAGUCGAAGAGUUUUGCAUGUAAACAGUGUGAGACGAAGUUUUGUUUGGAAUGUGAUAUGCUGCUGCAUGAAUCGUUGCAGUUGUGUCCGGCAUGUCACAUAAUGGGUAAAGGCACGACAAGUGUUGCGGUUGGUGCACCGGGUUUGUCGAGGAAGACCGCAUACGAGAAUCGCAUGCAUUCACUGGCCACAGAAAUGAAGCAGUUGGGUAAAACGAACAAGAUUGUCGAUCGUCGUUUGGGUGAACGUGACUCGCAUAUGACACAAGAAGAGCGUAUCGUGAAACGAUUCACUGCCGAAAGACUGAAUGCGUUCAAAAGUAACAAAUUCCAGCUGACGGAUCCUCAAGAUGAAGACGAGCUCACUCAUCGAGGCUCAGCUUUGACGGCAAUUCAGAAGUAUGAUCGUGUGAUGAGUGAUGACGAGGAUGAUAAUGAUGCUGAGGCAGGCGCUGGAAAUGGUCAGGUAUCUGCUGAGGUUGUUAGUAGGACACAUUUUGGUGGCGGUGACAUCUCAACUGAAAGCCAAGACGACGGUGGAGAUAACAGAUAUUUGAGAAGGAAAGAGCUGAUCGCCGAGUUGAUAGCGAAAAGUAAACAGCAACGUUAUGAUAAACAACUGGCGCGAGAUCAGCAAGAGGAUACUACUGAACGAUUGGAUGAACAAUGGAAUAAGUUGAUGCACUCCGAAGCGAUCCAAUCGUUCACCAACGCACCAAAUCAACGAAACAACCGGUCGAACCAAAUCGCCGCCGAUAAAAGUGAUCCAUACGAUCAACUUUUCACUGAAUUGAAAUUAGACACGAGUAGACGUGGUGAAGCAAGCGAACGUCAGAAAACCGAAGAAGAGAUUGCGCGAGAUGAACGAGAAAAAUUGGUGGAACUGGAGAGAGAGCGUAUCGCUCGAAUGCACGAUCACUCGGAUGAGCGGAAGUCGAUACGCGACACUGACAACAUCGAAGAUUUAUCAUCGUCGAACGCAAGUAAGAGUAGAAGGCAGUCUGGUUUUGAGGUGAAAUACGAUGAAACGGGUAAAUUGAUCAAUCCAGAUAAGGUGAAACGAGCACGUAUCAAGCAUAUACGAAUUGAAAACGAGUCGUCAGAUUCCGACGAAGAUGGCACUUAUUAUGAGGAGAUCGAUGAGGAGGAGGAAGCAGAAUUCGAUAACGUUUUUGGGAAUAUGAACGGAGUUGGGGGCGACGAGGACGAAACUCACGAGGAUCAUUUAGAGAGGGAACCGGAUAGUACAGCAACACUUCAGCAGCUGCCAUCUGAAACGUCAAAAGGAGCGAUCGAUUUGCCGUACGUUUUCGAAAUGCCAUCGUCAUAUGAGGCACUCGUGAAGCUGUUUGGUCAGUACAAGUGCUCAGAACUAGCUGUGGUGAUUGAACGUCUCAUUAAAUGCUAUCAUCCAAGUCUUAAAGAGGGCAACAAGAAACGACUCGCACGCCUCUUUCUGUUAUUGCUUAGACCGAUUCAGAUGGAUCGAGAGUAUGGUGCACGAUGUGUGCGUGCACUGUUGAAGCAACACUGGCGAUUGUACACGGCGGAUCGUCAUGCGCCGAUUGGUUUUCGUGCAGUGAGUUUGGUUCGACUGGUGGCUGCGUUAUUUCCGGUUACGGAUUUCUUUCAUCCGGUCUGCACGCCGACCUUGUUCUAUGCGACAUCGAUGCUUGGAACAGUGCGAGUGACGUGUCUACGAACAGCGGCACGUCUACUCGUCCUAGUCGCGAUGAUCACUGAGUAUAUUGUUGAAACGAAAAGGUUACUUUUGUUUUUGAUUUUUUUUUUGAAAUUGAUUCGUUGUCAAAAUUGA